UUCCAACAUGAAUUCCCUGGUGGUCUUGGCUCUUUUGGUGGCAAUUGCCUCGGCUUCCGUCGUGCCUGAACGAGAACAACGUGUUGUUGGAAGUUCACCUGCCGAACUGGGCCAGUUUCCCUAUGCCGUCGGAUUGAUCACCAGAAUCAACAUCCUGCUUUCGAAUCAGUGUGCAGGAUCUCUGCUUUCUUCGCGAUUCAUUCUGACUUCGGCCAGCUGUGUCAAUGGAAUUCAGAGUGCCGUUGCUGUCAUGGGUGGACUUCACCUGAACGAUCCUAUCGAGCCUGGACAGGUCCGCUUGACCGUGACGCAGUUCAUCGUUCACAAUGGCUUUUCGGAAGGAACGGAUGACUUCGACGUUGCUUUGGCUGUCCUUCCCGUGCCGGUGAGCUUUACCAACAACAUCCGGCCCGUACGUCUACCGAACCGCCGUCAGGUAGAUGCUGCCUUCAAUGGUCAACAAGGCACAUUUAUGGGCUGGGGAAGAUUUGGUUCGGGAAAUACCAAUUCUCUUGUGCUACGAUUUGGUCGCUCGACAAUCAUGACCAAUACAGCUUGCCGGCUGAACCUACCGACGAAUACUGUCCUGGAUGAUAACAUUUGCACUGAAGGCUUCAACGAACAAACUGGACAAGGCUCGCCAUGCGCCGGAGAGACCGGAGCUCCUUUGACCAUCGUCGAUGCCGAUGGAAUAACCACUCAGGUCGGUGUGUUCUCGUUCAACUCCGUACUGGGAUGUGAAAGCGGGCGAGCUGCAGUCUACACUCGCAUGUCUGCAUACCUGAAUUGGAUCGGCGAGAACUCGGAUGUCGUGAUCAGGGAUGGUUUCUAGAUUUGUAGUUAACUAUUUUA